GCUUCGUUGACAAACCUGAAUUAAUUAUCGCAUCCCAAUAUAAAAUUAUAAUAGUUUCUUCCCAUCACCAUUCUCAUUUCUCUCAAUCUCUGAACUGAGAAUUGUUUCUUUAUUGAUACCAAGGAUAAGGAGCUAUAGUUUUAUUCAACUUGGAGAUGAUGAGGUCCACUUCUUUGGUUUUCUGUGGAUUUCUCUGUCCAAUCUUAUACUAGAGGAUGAUGAAGACUUACCCUUUAAAACUUUUUGGUUCACAUGCUUGCUCUCCUCUUCCCACUUGCAUUCAGAUUUAUCACAAGGACCCAACAAGGUGGAGGUUCUUUAGCUGCAGUUUCCUUUCUACUAUUGCUAUGCUUUCUGCAGUUUUCUUCUUUGGGAGCCAUUGUGUUCUCACUGAUUAUAAAGAGAAGUUUUUAGCAUGGGGAUUGGUUGAUGAUAUGCCACAUACAAUAUCCAAGAAGUGUGAGACUCAAUGCAGGCCUGAUGGAACUGAGGCACUACCUAAAGGGAUUGUUUCCAAGACCUCUGACUUGCUAAUGCAACCAUUAUGGGGACCCCGAAAUAAAAAGAACUCAAAGUCAUCUACAAACUUAUUGGCCAUUGCAGUUGGAAUAAAGCAAAAGGAAAGUGUGAACAAGAUUGUAAAGAAGUUCCUCUUAAGUGAUUUCGUUGUGAUGCUUUUUCAUUAUGAUGGUCGUGUAAAUGAGUGGAGGGAUUUGGAAUGGAGUGGUCGUGCCAUACAUGUGUCUGCUAUGAAUCAAACCAAGUGGUGGUAUGCAAAGCGUUUCCUACAUCCAGAUAUUGUUUCUGAAUAUGCAUUCAUUUUCCUCUGGGAUGAGGACCUUGGAAUUGAAAAUUUCAAUGUUGGAAGAUACUUAUCAAUUAUUAGAAAAGAGGGGCUUGAGAUAUCACAGCCAGCACUUGAUCCUGAGAACUCAGAGGUCCAUUAUGAUCUUACAGCAAGAGACAACAGAACAGAAGUACACAGGAAGAUAAACAAGCUAAUUGGUGGUGGAAGGAGGUGUGAUCAAAACAGCACAGAUCCGCCAUGCACAGGGUUUGUAGAAAUGAUGGCUCCUGUUUUUUCAAGAGCAUCCUGGCGCUGUGUGUGGCAUAUGAUUCAGAAUGACUUAGUUCAUGCAUGGGGCUUGGAUUUCCAGCUUGGUUAUUGUGCACAGGGUGAUCGAACGAAAAAUAUCGGAAUCGUUGAUUCUGAGUACAUUGUUCAUUAUGGUCUUCCAACACUGGGGGGUUUGGCACCAAACAAGACAAAUGCAGAAGCACCUGAUCAAGUUGCUAAAACUAUAAGCUUGCCUAGUUCAGAACAACCGGCACCGACAUUGUCAUCUCCAUUGGACCCUAGAACUGAGGUAAGGAAGCUAUCCUUUGUUGAACUGGAAAUUUUCAAGAACAGAUGGAAAAAGGUAGUUAGAGAAGAUAAUUGCUGGGAUCCAUACCAAAAGACACCACAACAGAGUAAAAACUAGUGCUUCUUAGCAGCCCCUGGAAUUUUCACCCCAGAGAGAUUGAUUUCUGACCACUUACAGCAUUCACAAUACCGUUUAAUGUAUACCUUUUUUUUUUCCUUUUCCUAACAGCCUAAUAAUAUAUGCUGCUACAGUCAUGUAAACUUGUAAUUGAGAAUAUUCAUUUCUUUUUACAAAUUAAA